AACUUGCCACUCACUUCUGAGGAACCAGAAGCAACCUCCUGGUUCAAAUGUAGCUGCUCAGCAUUUAACCCUUCAUUUCCAUGUGGGCUGCUCAACUGGAAACAUAAUCAACGCUGACAUGUAUUAGCUAUGGAUAGCAGUACGAUGAAGUUCUAACUGGCCAGAGGAACACAGCCAAAUUCUGGUUAAUCUCUGGUGCAAGGCAAGCAAAACGUAUGAUGUUAGCAACAGUUUGAGACAUGAUCAUGUCUACAAAACUAUAUCGAAGAAGCUGGCAGCACUGCGGAUUGGCUGGAUAACAAAACAACACAGGCACCACUGGAGGAGAGACAGCCACUAGAUGAAGGGCAAGAAGUGACUGUGGAACUGAGGCCAGCAACCAAAGAGGUUAUGCCACUAGAGCAGCUACCGCAUAUCCUGAGUCUGUACUUGGAGGACCUAUUUGGGGAUGGCCAUGGGGUGCAACCUGCUGAGGAACCAGCAUCAGAACAAGCACCAGAGCAGGAGCCAGAUCCUGGCAGCGGAAUGAGGACAUCACCAAAUGGCAGGCUCUCCAUCCCUCAUCACUACUCGCUGGGAAAGCAUUACUGUCAAUGCACAGAGGGGCCGUUCCCUCCUCGGAAGAGAUCGAGGGAAGGGCAAGCGAUGACUGCCAAAGGGGUGGAAUCCACACCUAUGGCCCCCGUAGCCCAGUCCAGGAUGGAGAACUUCAGGAAGGUCAAGACGUCAGAGCAGGAUAGCCCACUGCCCUUCCCUGACCUGCCCCCUGGCGUGGUGGAGAUGAAAGUGAAGGAGGGCAGCAAGAUCAGGAAUUUGAUGGGCUUUGCCAUGGCCAGGAUGGAGCUGAAGGGCACCCGGCAGAUAGUCUUCAGUGGCUGUGGUCGGGCAGUCACCAAGACCAUCACCUGUGUGGAGAUCAUGAAGAGGAAGCUGGGGGGUCUCCACCAGGUCACCAAGGUGCGUUACAAGACCCUGCUGGAGGUCUGGGAGAACAAAGACCCCCAGCCUGAUGGCCAAGUGGAGAACCUCACUGUCCACAAGAAUGUGCCCUCCAUCUGUAUCCUAUUGUCCAAGGACCCCCUGGACCCCAAUGAGAUGGGCUACCAAUCUCCGGAGCCCAGGGAUGGGCUGUGGGCUGAAGAGGGGGGAAUAGAGGAAGAUAGACUCAGUUCACCCCCACAAGGGGUGAAGAGACCUCUGGCUUUUCCGCACGGGGAGCUGGCUGACAAGAAAAUGCAGGUACAGGUACCAGAGAGUCAAAAGGGCUUGGGGACAAUGGACUACAUGCUGGACUAUCAUCACUGACUCACUCCCACCCCCCAGAGAAAUAACCUAAGCCAUAUGUAGUGUACAUAGAAAGGAGAUUAUAUAUUGAAGACACUCUAAAUUUUUAGAUGCUUUGUAAUCAAUAAAGGGACGAUGAAGCCAG